AUGGUUAUGGAGAAAUCAAGAAGGCCGCCCGGUUCAGUCAUUGUCAAAUAUGACCAGUAUCAGUACCCAUUCAGUGAUUUGCAGUUCUCUGGAAGUAAAGUGAGACCGAAAGAAGCUUAUCGACUUAUUACUUCCGCCUCCGACGGAACUACUUCCACUCGUUCCAGUUACGAAGUGGAGGUGCACUGUGUAUUCGAUCUGAGACAAUACCCGUUUGACUCACACCAUUGUCCCAUCGACGUUUACGCAGCUAGGCACCCCAGUAAGCAUUUAUCACUUUCUUGGUACUAUGCGGACGGUGCACGACUGAAUACAAGUGCUGGACCCGCUAGCAUGUAUACUUCGUUAGCAGCCAGUGAAAAUUGCAAUUUUGAAGAGCUUUACGCUGUCACUGAACUGAAUGCUGCUUCAGCGCGAUUUUCAUGUCUCCGAGCUCGAUUACAGUUUCACCGGCCAUUCCAUGUAUCAUUCUUUCGUUAUUUCUUGCCAACCAUUGUUCUGGUGGCGCUUACUUGGAUUACCUUUUACAUUGAACGACAGCGAUUGCAAUCACGGAUAACAGCAAUAUUCUCGAAUAAUGAAAUUCCAUCAACAGCUUAUUUAACGGCUGCAGAUAUCUGGAUUUUCUUGUGCAACGUAUUCAUCCUGCUGUCGCUCUUGGAAGCACUGAUAGUGCAUGUACUGAUGAAAAUGUCCCAGAAACAGCUGCUGCUCGCAAACAAGGAUGAAACAGUUCGAGCGGAGAGCCGCUACCGGCAUGAAAAGCAAGCGGCAAGACGAGGCCGCUCCACGAGCCCCAGGCCGCCCACUGCAAACGGACGAAUCUUUGAAAUGAAACAUUUCGAGCAGGAUUUGCUUGGUUCAACUUCCACGUCAAACUAUGACACCAUAAUCAAUGACUAUUUCCAUCGAUGGUCUGAUUAUUACUCGGUAAUAGCAGCACGGGUCGAUUUAGCAGCGCGUGUUAUACUGCCAUUGGCUUACAGUAUCGUCGCUUCGCUUUACUUCACUUUCUACCUAUUCUUGUGA